UACAUUCCACCUUCCAUGAUGGAGCACACCCUGCCACCUCCCCCAUCAGGACUGCCUUUCAAUGCCCAACCUCGGGAGAGAUUGAAGAAUCCUAAUGCUCCAAUGUUACCACCACCAAAAAACAAGGAAGAUUUUGAGAAGGAAUUUGCUCGCUUUGAUACAUCGAAUGAUAGAGUUUGUGGUUCGGGAAGGGCCCAUGUUCGAAGCCAUGAUCAUGAACCGAGAAAUCAACAACCCAAUGUUCAGGUUUUUAUUUGAAAACCAGACUCCAGCCCAUGUGUAUUAUCGAUGGAAGCUUUAUUCAAUUCUUCAGGGGGAUGCUCCAACCAAGUGGAGGACAGAAGAUUUCCGUAUGUUCAAAAAUGGAUCCUUCUGGAGGCCACCACCAUUGAAUCCAUACUUGCAUGGGAUGUCAGAAGAGCAAGAAACGGAAGCGUUUGUGGAGGAACCGAACAAGAAGGGUGCACUUAAGGAAGAACAGAGGGACAAACUAGAGGAAAUUCUACGUGGAUUAACACCUCGGAAGAACGACAUUGGUGAUGCAAUGGUUUUCUGUCUAAAUAAUGCGGAAGCUGCUGAGGAAAUUGUGGACUGCAUUACAGAGUCACUGUCCAUCCUCAAGACUCCUCUUCCUAAGAAGAUCGCAAGAUUGUAUCUAGUGUCGGAUGUGUUAUACAACUCUUCAGCUAAAGUUGCCAAUGCUUCCUACUAUAGAAAAUUUUUUGAAACAAAAUUAUGUCAGAUAUUCUCUGAUCUCAAUGCUACUUACCGUACAAUACAAGGCCAUUUACAGUCUGAAAAUUUCAAGCAACGGGUGAUGACAUGCUUCCGAGCAUGGGAAGACUGGGCAAUCUAUCCAGAACCUUUUCUGAUCAAACUGCAGAAUAUUUUCUUGGGACUUGUAAAUAUCAUGGAGGAUAAAGAAACAGAGGAAGUACCGGAUGAUCUUGAUGGUGCUCCCAUUGAGGAAGAGCUCGAUGGUGCUCCACUAGAAGAUGUGGAUGGAAUUCCUAUUGAUGCUGCUCCUAUUGAUGAUCUGGAUGGAGUCCCAAUUAAAUCCCUGGAUGAUGAUCUUGAUGGAGUUCCUUUGGAUACAACUGAAGACUCAAAAAAGAAUGAGCCUAUAUUUAAAGUUGCCCCUUCAAAGUGGGAAGCAGUGGAUGAAUCUGAACUGGAAGCUCAAGCUGUUACUACUUCUAAGUGGGAACUUUUUGACCAACAUGAAGAAUCUGAGGAGGAGGAAAUUCAAAAUCAAGAAGAAGAAAGUGAAGAUGAAGAAGACACACAGAGUUCCAAGUCAGAAGAACAACACAUGUAUUCCAAUCCUAUUAAAGAGGAAAUGCCUGAAUCCAAGUCAUCAGUCAAAUAUUCGGAAAUGAGUGAAGAAAAGCGUGCCAAACUCCGAGAGAUAGAGCUUAAGGUGAUGAAGUUUCAGGAUGAGUUAGAGUCUGGGAAAAGACCCAAGAAGCCAGGCCAGAGUUUUCAGGAACAGGUUGAACACUAUAGAGACAAGCUGCUCCAGAGGGAAAAAGAAAAAGAGAUGGAAAGAGAACGGGACAGAGACAAAAAGGACAAGGAAAAGUCUGAGACCAGGUCCAAAGAUAAGAAGGAAAAAGAAGAAUGUACACCAACACGAAAAGAGAGGAAAAGGCGGCACAGCGCUUCCCCCAGCCCGUCCCGCAGCAGCGGCAGCCGCCGAGCCAAGUCGCCCUCGCCCAAAUCGGAACGCUCCGAGCGCUCCGAGCGCUCGCACAAGGAGAGCUCCCGCUCCCGCUCCUCACACAAAGAUUCUCCCAGAGAUGUCAGUAAAAAAGGCAAAAGGUCGCCAUCUGGCUCCAGGACACCCAAAAGAUCAAGAAGAUCACGAUCCAGAUCCCCUAAAAAGUCAGGGAAAAAAUCCAGGUCUCAGUCCCGUUCUCCUCACAGAUCUCACAAGAAAUCAAAGAAAAGCAAACACUGACAUUCUUAAUAUUUUUUAUGAUGCUGUCACUUACUGGAAAUGCAGUUUUGUUUUGUGCCUGAACAGUCUGUUUAAAAACAAAAAAGCAUUCCUGAUUUUUUUUUUUUUUUGUGAAUGCACGUGUAUACUCAUGAGUAUCAGCAUCUGUAGACCUGUCAUUGUUUUAUAUUGUACAAAAUAUCUUCAUUGUGACUAUUUCCCAAAAGAAACAUUUUUGUGUUUAGAAGUUUCAUCAGAAAUGUGUGUAACUGAUCUGCUGGCAGUAGUGAUAUUUUGUUUUUAGAAUGUUGUGACAUAGCAGAAAUAACCCAAAUGUCCCCCUUUUUGUAGCUUUGACAAUUUGAAUUAGAUUUCAAAUAAAAUCUGAACAGAAAAUGAA